AUGACACCACCGCAGCUCGACGUCGACACUGAGUUAGCGAAGCUGUCAAAAACGUGUUUGAGCAAAGAGGAUCAUAAUCAGAUAUGGAACAACACUUUGAAGUAUUCGAUGGCACUCGACUACAUCGUAUUUUUAAUUAAUGGAGCGCUAGAGAUGAUUGGCCAGACGGAGAUGAGAGCGACACUGAACUUUGCUCCACGCCGUAGCUGGGCAUCCCGUAUCUCCAAGGAGCCUAGUGAAAGCGAGUUGGCAUCGGUGGCAACCAUUGAAGGUUACUACGAUCUUGUAGAACCGCAUUUCGAAAUCUUCAGAUAUGAUACUUUCUUUUUUGAGAAAACAAUGAGUCCUGCCAUUGCAUUCUUAGACAAUCGUUUUCCCUUCAUUCGUGCCUAUUACCGGCGCAGUUUCGAAGAUAUCCGUCUGCGUGAUGAAGGAGAGAUAAACAGAAAUUUAGUUGAUAACAUGAUCGAAAAGUACCUAGAGAUUUUAUAUAAAUUAAACAAAGCAGUGUUUCCAACUUUUCACUAUGAUGGUGAAAUGUCUAAGAACUGUGCUUUAUAA